GACUUAACAGUCUUUCAGCCAAAAUUUCUAACUUAUUACAUAGCCAUCUAGAUGUUACGCUGUUUCGCGCCUUUUUGAUGCAGCAUCACCUGAUCAAGUUCUGCUUUAUCUUCCGCAAUUGGUGCAGGCGCUCAAGUACGAACCUCUUCCUACCACAGACGCGGCAAUUGUGGAGCAGAUGGAAUCGUGUUCUAAUUCGCAGGCGACUGAAGCGACCGAGGUUGUCGUGUUGGAGGAAGACGACCUCGCAGCAAAGACAACUGACGAUUUGGCCUCGUUUUUGGUUAAGUAUGCCACAGGAUACCCGAAAGUGGCAAAUUUCUUGUUCUGGCAUUUGAAGGUCGAAAUGGAAGCAACUCGUACGACUGAUGAAGCAAUAUCAUCAGUUUAUGAACGGUUACUGAACCGCUUACUGGAUACUCUUCAACGUGGAACUGCAGAAAUGAAAAGACAAGCUGAGAGUUUGAGGUUGCAACGGGUAUGCUCCUUAUUCAUAAAUUACAAAUACAAAUCAGCGUUGACUGUUAAUUUAUUCUAG